AUGGCCGGCUGCUGCUGCUUGUCCGCGGAGGAGAAGGAGUCGCAGCGCAUCAGUGCCGAAAUUGAGCGGCAGCUGCGCAGGGACAAGAAGGAUGCGCGCAGGGAGCUCAAGCUGCUGCUGCUGGGUACUGGUGAGAGUGGAAAAAGCACCUUUAUCAAACAAAUGAGGAUUAUUCAUGGGUCUGGUUACUCGGACGAAGACAGAAAAGGCUUCACAAAACUGGUUUAUCAAAAUAUAUUUACUGCUAUGCAAUCGAUGAUCAGAGCCAUGGACACCUUACAUAUACAAUAUGUAUCCGAGCAGAAUAAGGAAAAUGCUCAGAUGAUUAGAGAAGUGGAAGUAGACAAAGUAUCCAUGUUGCCCAGGAAACAAGUGGAAGCCAUCAAGAAGCUCUGGGAGGACCCCGGAAUCCAGGAGUGUUAUGACCGAAGACGAGAAUACCAACUCUCGGACUCAGCUAAAUAUUACCUGAGUGACAUUGAUCGAAUUGCCAUGCCAUCAUUUGUGCCAACACAACAAGAUGUUCUCCGUGUCCGGGUGCCUACGACUGGAAUUAUUGAAUAUCCCUUUGAUUUAGAAAAUAUCAUCUUUCGGAUGGUGGACGUUGGGGGCCAGAGGUCUGAGAGACGGAAAUGGAUCCACUGCUUUGAAAGUGUCACCUCCAUCAUUUUCCUAGUAGCUCUGAGUGAAUAUGAUCAAGUCUUGGCUGAGUGCGACAAUGAGAAUCGAAUGGAAGAGAGCAAAGCCUUAUUUAAAACCAUCAUCACUUACCCCUGGUUUCUGAACUCAUCAGUGAUUUUGUUCUUAAACAAAAAAGAUCUUUUAGAGGAGAAAAUCAUGUACUCCCAUCUUAUCAGCUAUUUCCCAGAAUACACAGGACCAAAACAGGAUGUCAAAGCUGCCAGAGACUUCAUCUUGAAGCUUUAUCAAGACCAGAAUCCAGACAAAGAGAAAGUUAUCUAUUCCCACUUCACAUGUGCUACAGACACAGAAAACAUCCGCUUUGUGUUUGCAGCAGUCAAAGACACUAUUCUACAGUUAAAUCUGAGGGAAUUCAACCUUGUUUAA